AUGUUUUGGCGUUUUGGUUUCCAUAAUCCUUCGGCGAUAGACACGCUGUUAGAUCGAGAAGAUAUCGAGCUAGAAGAUAUCAUGGAGGAGGAAGAUCUUUUACAGGAAGCCAAGUCUCACAACCAAAAGCUGGUCGACUACUUCUGCAAAACAGAAAACUUGACGAAACUGUUGAACUAUAUUACAGCAACCGAUCUUGAUGAAAGCCGACGUUUCAAGUAUCCGUUCCUUGCAUGCGAGAUUAUGGCUUGCGAAAUCCCACAGAUCGUCGAUAGUAUCGUUUUGGAUAAUAAGGAGAUGCUCGAAUCAUUCUGGGCAUUUUUGGAUCGUCCUGCUGCCCCGAGACGUCGAGCUGUAGUCGAAGGAGAAGAACAAAAGCAAAAACAACCCAAGACAUCCGAAGCGGCUACACCACCUGCAGAAUAUAAACAACAGCAGCAGGAAGAGGAAAAGCAGCAAGACGAGAGCGAGAAGGACAAAGUGAAAGAAGAAGAAAAGGAUCAAGAGGAACAACACACAGAAAACGUCGAUGAUGAAAACAACGACGACGAGGAAGCUGAAGAAGAACUGGGUCUAGAUUCGCUCCAAGCACAAUAUUUCUGCAAGACCAUAAGUGUGUUCUUAACAAAGCGUACCAUUGAGGUACUUGAUUUUAUCAAAUCCAAACCCGAACAUCUACAACAGAUUUUGGCGCAUUUACAAACGUCUGCUAUUAUGGACCUGUUAUUGACGUUGGUGCGCGUAGAAGAACUCUCAGAAGGAAAAGGCAUUGUGCAGUGGCUGAGUGAUAACGGGUUAUUGGAUAAUUUGGUAGACAGACUCGAUCCGUACCUGGAUAGUGAAGAACAUUCUGUUGCGCAACAAUGCAUUUGCGAGAUCAUCCGUAUGUCCCAAACAAGUCUUGUGGAAUCGCCUAGUAUUGGAUUAAACGACUUGAUCAUCGACCUUAAGAGUGAGCGAGUGAUUCGAAAGUUGGCCAAUUUCAUGCUGGAUGAUAAGGCACCAAAUUCGACUUCAACCUUGAUCAACGGCGUCACAAUUAUUAUUGAUCUUAUCCGACACAACAACAGUGACAUGGAUAAUGAUCCUAUGCUUAAUGGCGCGUACGGUUACAAUGCAAAUGCAAUGAUGCGUCAAACAUCGGUAUCACUGGCUGACAUGCUCAAAGUAUUGGCGGAUCAUGUUGGCGAUUUCAACAAUCUGCUUAUAAAGCCUCGAUCAGUGAGUGGACCCAUGCGUACAACAUUAGGCGAACAAGUGCCGCUUGGAUUUGAAAGGCUCAAGAUUUGUGAGCUAUUUGCUGAAUUGUUACAUUGUUCCAACAUGUCCAAUUUGAACUCCAACACGUUUGAUGAGGAAGAAGAGGAAGAAGGACAGGAACAAGAAGUGGACCAGGAAAAGAAUGACGAUGCAUCAUCUACUAAGAACGAAGAAAGUGUUGCUGCUGCUUCUACGACUACCGCGUCUGAUAGCAAUGCAGUGGAUGGCCAGCAAGAGACAAAGAAGGAUGAUGGUGAUGAUGGUACGCAAAAGGCUACUACUACAACUCCAGCAUCCACUGCCGCCGCUACCGAAGAAGCUACUACUACUAUUACUACUACUACUACUAUUUCAACCAACAACACCGCCGCUACCACUACAACAACAUCCAAAGAGGACGGCAACGAAGGAAAGCAAGCUGCUGGUUCGGCUGAAGAAGAAAAGAAGGAUGAUUUAUCGAUUGGCGACUAUCUCAAGGUUCAAUUUGUGGAGCAUCGCGUUAUGCCUACUUGCAUUGACUUGUUCUUUACAUUUCCGUGGAACAAUUUCUUACAUUACGUCAUUUAUGAUAUGCUUCACCAAGUAUUCAAUGGUCGUAUGGAUAAGGGAUAUAACUGCCAUUUAGCCAUUUCGGUCUUCAAGGAUGGCAAACUGACGGAUAAAAUGGUACAAGCACAAAAGGCCAAUGACGAGGAAUGUGCUAAGCCAAAGGGAAUGCGAUUGGGUUACAUGGGUCAUUUGACGUUCAUUGCCGAUGAGAUCAUCAAGUUAUUCGAAGGAUAUCCCGAAGCGAUCGUCGGCAUGAUCAAGGAUGAUGUUGACAUGGAUGCCUGGAACGAUUAUUGCAAUGGCGAGCUCAAGGAUACCAAGGAACGAGAUCGUCUUCCCCUCGCUGGCCCUAGACCCAAUGAUGGUAUGGAUGGUGCAGCCACGGAUGAAGAAGAGGAGGAAGAGCCUUUGGAGGAUGCUACCGCCGGUCAGUAUUCGCGGUAUCUAGGCAGACAUGGUCCAGAUGGUGAUCUAGACGAUGAUGAGGAUGAAGAACAUGAGAACUGGAUCACCGGACGCGAUGAUUAUGAUCGAGAGUAUUAUGGCGGUGCAUUUGGUAUGGGUAACAGUGAUCAACUUGCAGCGCAUCACAUGGCCGGUACACAUGAUGAACUUGAGGAUGACGAGGAAUAUGGUAGUGACGAUGAUGAGGAAUCCGGAAGAGUACCCCAAGAUUGGUCGAGAGGAUUUGCACCAUUCCCACAAACUAGCAUGUUGCAUCGCACGCAGAGUCAUGUCGACGAAGCCGAUGAUGCUGAUGAGGAUGAUAAUGAGGACUUGACCAAAAACAAAAGCCAACAGCAACAACAAUCAUCACAAGAGCAACAACAACAGCAGCAGCAAUCCAAACAGGCUACUACUACUGCUACGAGACAAAACAACGAUGACGACGAUGAAGACGAUCCAUUUGGUGACUUUACUAGCAGUGACAAUGACAACACGGAUUGGAGCCAAGGUUUCACAUCUCAGUUCGAGAGUAUACAUAUCUCACAAGAUGGUACCAAGGCCACUGGUGGUGGUGACGGUACGUCGUCGUCGCCGUCGGCUACAACAAAUGCAACGCCAUCGACGGGUAAUACAGCAGCAUCCACAACCACUAAAUCAUCACCAACAUCUGGAAACGAUCCAAAGCAAACGGUUACGCAUGACUACGUGCGAGCUGUCAAAACGAAAGAGGAGGAAGACUCAAAGCUAGCAAAAGAUUACCGGUCAGAAGAAGAACAACAGGGCGAAAUAUAA